AUGUUAAAAAAGCCUAAUAUCACUUAUACAGGUGAAAUUAAUUUGACCAAUAAGUUAGGUGAAGUUCUAGAACUAUUUAUUGCAUCAUAUGAACUAUUCGAAUUAUUCCAACACGUUCAAGAUUCCUUGAAUGAAAAAUAUAUUAAUUGGAUUCAACAAAAUUUUUUCCGAGUUCUUCAUACCGUAUUUAAACUUAUUGGAUGCAAAACAUUGCAGGAUUAUUGUCUCGAAUCAAUCAGCGCUUCAAAAUAUUUUCCAUCGCUUGAUAAAGAGAUACUUUUUGACUUACUUAAAAGGGAUGAUUUACAAGUUGAAGAAAUUGUUACUCCUGGGUUGGAAUUUAAGGGUAAUGAUCUUGCUAAAUGGAGCCAAGAGAAUUUUGAAAAAUUGAAAGAAAAGUUAAGUCAGUACAUUACACUUAUUCGUUUCGUGGGAAUUUCUCGUAUUGAAUUCUUUGAUAAAGUCCUUCCUUAUAAAGCGGCUAUUCCUUUAAAAAUUUAUGAAGAGGUUGAAGAAUAUCAUUAUACCAUAUUAAAAUCAACCACUUUACCGCUCACACAGGAAGAUUGA